AUGUCUCCCCAUAUCCCCAUUGCCCUUGGCCACCACAUCCAGGCCUACGCAUACUGGGACUCUCCCGUGCCAGCCGUCUUCGCCGGACAAAACUUUACAGAUCCCGUCGUCUUCAACCCUACUACAUUCACCUUGAUCACUACACAGAACGAAGCGGUGCUCGUUGAUGCUCCUUCAGUCAGGUCUCGAGUCGAGCCAGUUGCGACUUGGAUUGCCGAAAUACUCGAACACCGAAAGCUGAGCACCAUUUACAUCACUCACGGCCAUGGCGAUCACUUUUUCGCCGCCGAAGCUAUCCAGGAGCACUUUCCAGAUGCCUCCAUCCGCGCAACUCAGGGCACUUAUGAGCACAUGCUAGAACAGCUUGCUCCAAGAUUUUGGGACGGCUUGUGGCUUCCUACGUUCCCUGAGCUGGCAGAAAGCCCGAAGCCCAACCCCAAAGUCCACGUCCUCCCAGAAGGUCAAGAUCACUUUACGAUAGACGGCCACGAGUUCCGCGCUGUUGAGGUGGUUGGUGGUGAUACUGCCUCGUCAACCGUUCUUCAUGUACCCUCUCUGGAGCUGGUUGUUGGAGGAGACGUUGUUUACGGAAAUAUUUACCAAUUCCUCGCUGAAAACACAACGCCUGAGCUCCGUCAGAAAUGGAUAGACGCCAUUGACCAGAUUGCGAAGCUUCAUCCCAAGGUUGUCGUGCCAUCUCACCGUCAAUCCACAGACGACUUUGGGGUAGAGCACUUGAAAGCUACCCAGGAUUACAUUCGCACGUGGUCAAAGCUCAAUGCAAAGACCAAGACUUGGCAGGAGUUGGAGGCGGCUGUCCACAAGGCAUACCCCGAGAGAUAUGGAAACUUUAUUCUUCGUUAUUCGGAGCUGGUGACCAAGGGAGACUUGCAGCUGCCGUAA